UGACACUGCAAAGAAGACGUACAUCUGAGUCGUUGUCAAGAUGCAGCUACUUCUCUGUCUGUGCCUUGUAUUGUUGGUGUUCUGCACUUGCGUGCAGAGUGACCACCAUGGAGGAGGUGGCCACAGUGAGAAGGAUCACAGUGAUAAAAAGCAUGGCAUUGAGCAUCACCAUGGAAACCACAGACAAAGACAUCAUCCCUGGGGGCGACGUGAAAAUGGGAGCCUCAGUAUAUACAACGAGAAUGUUGAAUUUGCCUUUGAUCUAUACAGACAAAUUAUUUCCCAGCCUGAUUCCCAAUCGAAAAACAUCUUCUUCUCCCCACUGAGCGUGUCACUCGCCCUGGCUGCUCUUUCUCUGGGAACAAGGGGUAAAACACACCAGCAACUCUUCAGUGGCCUCGGCUUCAAUGAAACAGAAAUCACUGUGGAGGAGGUGAACGAGGCCUUCCACCAGAUCCUCUUAGACCUCAAUCAGAAGACAGAUGUUGAUCUUUCAGUGGGCAGUGCUCUGUUUAUUCACGAUACCUUCAAACCUCAGCCAGAAUUUCUGGAGAACAUGAAGCGUUACUACCACUCAGAAGGCUUCACUACAGAUUUCACCAAGACCAAUGAGGCCAUAGACCUUAUUAAUAAAUAUGUGAAUGAUAAAACUCAUGGCAAAAUAUCAAAAUUAGUUGAAGAGCUGGACCAAGAUACAGUUAUGUAUCUAAUGAGCUACAUGUAUUUCAAGGGUAAAUGGGAGAUUGCAUUUGACCGUGAAAAUACAGAACUAGGUGUCUUUCAUGUGAACAAAACGCAUGAAGUUACUGUUCAAAUGAUGAAAAACUCAGACUUAUUUCUCGUUUAUCAUGACAAAGAAGUAUCCACACAUGUUCUCCAGCUAUAUUACAACGAAUCUGUCUCAAUGAUGCUGAUUCUACCUGAGCAUGGCUUGGAGGCCUUAGAGAAGGUAUUUUCUAGGAAUCUCGUUGGGAAAUGGCGUAGAUCAGUGCGGAAGAUGGAGUGUGAUAUUUAUGUCCCAAAAUUUUCCAUUGAAGCAUCAUAUGAUCUGAAAGACAUUCUGACUGGAAUGGGAAUCACUGACAUUUUUAGUGCAGGAGCUGACUUCACAGGAAUCUCAGACAGUCCGUUAGUUGUGUCAAAGGUUGUUCAGAAGGCCACUCUUGAUGUUGACGAGUCAGGAUCCACAGCAACAGCAGCAACAGGUGUAGAAGUUACACUUAGGUCGGCAAUGGAUUCACCUUCACUGCGGUUUAACCAUCCUUUCAUGAUAAUCAUGAGCAAUCAUAAAACCAGGAGUAUACUGUUCAUGGGAAAAGUUGUAAAUCCCACAGAAAAAUAAUGUUAAAUAAAUAAACCUGAACAAUCUGUAUGCAUCAUUUUUAUGAGCUGUUCUUGUUUUCAUUGCAAGUGGUGUCUCUAACAUUGUAUGUCACCUUGAGUGAAUAAGGUGUGCACUGAUACUAUUACAUUGCUGGAAAUCACUUUGGAGAAAAGUGUCCCCUAAAUGAAUAAAUGUAAAUAUAAAUGAAAAUAUUUUGCAUUACCAACAACCUGAUGAAUUUAGCAGCAACAUCUUAAUAUUUUUUUUUA